CAACUGUCUCCGAACGGUGGCCAGAAGUGCCAGCAGAAGCCACACGGUUCGACGUCGUCGCCGAAUGCGCUCUCUUCUUGGUGUGAUAAACCCCAAAAAGAAAAACCCAUCACAACACACAGUCUGUGUGAUUAGUUUGGGAAAAUUGUGGAUUUUUCCUGGGAAAAUUCGGGGGAAAACUUGUGAGGGGAGUGAAAAAUUUGGAUUGGAUCUGUGUAGUGUCCAUUCCAGCGGAAGUGGUGGAGUUGACUGCGAUUCCGGAAACUGGUGUUUCGAUUGGUACGAAUGUUGUGAUUCUGAGAGUGAAAACGGGAUCUUUUCUGUGGGGGAGGGGCUGCCGAAACCAAAGGUUGUGUGGAGUGACCCCAUCGGAGGCUCCGAAGAAGAUGCCCGGAAGCUGUGAAAUCAAGUGAAAUUGCUCAACAAAGCGAAAAAAGCAAAGCGAAUUACGGUUAGUGAAAACGAAAUUGCUCAAAUGCGAAAACCCAAUGCUCCACCGUUGCCAAGUUCAGGAAGUGAAAGAGUGGAUUGCCAGUGAAUGAGUGAAAAUAUUGUCCUACUCCCCUACAAGGAAUGGAAAAGGCUCUUAAAGUGAAAAGCUACUUGAAGAACCGAAGAAAGUACGCUUCAUAAAGGAAGGAUUUCUGUCUGCUUGCUGCCAACAUCCACCGACGGAGUAUUAGUUGCCGACGGGAACUCCGGGAUUACCGGGACGGAAUCUCCAAGGAAACGCGAGGCACUGUUGCGCGGCUGAUUUGAAUCAGCAGACAACCGACGGCAGAUAUAAAAUCAACCGCAGCACAAAUUGUUGUCGACUGCAAAACAAGCUGAAUCUCGAAUUUCAUCGCUAUUCGUUGUCGUCGUCACCAUCGUCGCCAAAGCCAUUAGAAAUGGCUCAAAAAAUCGCACUCAAAACCAAAUAACUCACCGGCAAGUCACCAUGUAGGCAAAAUAUCCGCCGAAACGAAACGAAACGGGACGAAAAAAUGUAAAACAAAAAGAAAAAAUAAGAAAAACGAACGACUAAACGAACGAAAGAACUCCUGUCCGUCGGAUGUUGGGUUGGCAGAACGCAGGACGUCGAGCAACCGAGAUAAUAGUACACCGAUCGACAAUCUGAGAGCGCGAGAAAACGAAAAGCCGAAACCAGAAGAGCCGCGGGCGGAACUAUAAAUGUUUAAAUUUUAAAUAAUUAAAAAUAAUUCCCAUCUCCUGGUGCGAGUGAUACGUGAUUUGUGUGAUCGCAAAUCGGCGGGAAAGUGUGUGAUUAGCGAGCGCGUUGUGAUGAAAACAUUCCUCAAGGUGGAUACCGAAAAGUGAGGUGUGCCAAAAAAACAAACGAAUAGGAAGAAGAAGAUUGUCGCUCCGGAACGGAUCAAUCAAAGUAGCCGGGAAACUGUGUAGUCUGUAGUUGAAAGGAAAAUCUCUCUGAAGGUUGUGCUCUACAUUUUACUCCGUUUUAAUCUUUCCUCUCAACUCAACAUUGUAAUUAAGCUUAGCUAGGUAAGAGUCAAUAGAAGAAAAGAAUCUCUACACGUCGUACACUUUCACGUAAACAUAUUUCUGUGGUAGUCACUGUAUGCGAGGAAAAAGAAGAAAUUGUUAAAUAGUUGUUACUCGGUAGCUCUCUUUCUAUAGUGUAAUUGUAUAAUAUAGAACAAAGGAAGUAUUUUCUAUUCGCAAAAAUUUUAAAUCUCUUUGUGAAACGUGUGAAACCUGCUAGAAGCAGAUAUCUCGAGCGGUUGUGAACUCAGCGAACCCAAACCUUACCCACUAUCGAGUUGUGUGAAGUUUCUGGUGCUCUGACGCAACCCGAAGCCGCGGAAGAAGCAUCAACAAAGCAGUACACAAACAUUCAUAACGAUUACCGUCCUAUUGAGUGGGUUGAAGGAAUUUUAACCCAGAAGAGAAGUGGUAGAGGGGGGACAAGUCCCGAAAAAAAAUAGAAGUCUCGACGAUUCCGAAAAAUGUGCCAAAUUCGUGCCGCUUCCGUAGUGGCCGCUGUAUUCUUCGCGUCGAAGCAUGCUAUGGGCGGAUCAUGUCAACGGUUGCUGGGACCGUUGUAGAGCGGUCGACGGCGAAACUACUGAGGAGAUGAGUGACGCUUGUUCGCUUCGAUAGAAGUAGGCGGCAUAGUUAAACGGGAGAAAAGUGAUGGAGCGUACAUCGCCUCCAACGUCUACGAAGUUGUUGUUGUUGCUGUUGUCGGGAAAAAUAUGAACCGAGCGGGCGAAGGGCGCAAACAAGAGACCAGCAUCGGACGCCGGCGUGAAAAACGUGAUUAAUCUUAUUAAUAACCGGUACAACAACGGUAGAACUUAUUGAAUUACGACAGCUAUCGAUAUUGAUUGAUUUUCUCUGGAGAAACGUCGGAGAUGUUGAUAAACAAAGCUCUCGAAUGGAAGAAGUUGUGAAAGACAACACAUAAUUGAUUAAGAUAUCCGAAAGUUCCGAUAAAGCGCUGGACGCUCUCUCGCUCCAUCGGUAACCGAAGAAGGCGUGCGCCAAGUGAGUGAAGUAUCCAAGCAACGAAAAGUGUCAAAAGCCGACGGCCUCCUGAUUGAGUCUGUGUUGAAGAAAAAGUGCGAAGGGCCUUAAUCGAUUGACAAGUGAGACAAUCCGGGGUUGCGGUCAGUGAGGUGUGAACAAGUGAAUAGACAACGGCCAAGUGUUUGUGCGGUCAGUGAAGCUUCUGCGGUGGACGAAUAGGUCAAGAACAUUCACUUGACGGUUGUGUGACAGAACGGGAAGCGCGCGGAAAAGCAAGAACAAUCGUCCAUAGCCCGCUGCUGACAUCGAAAGCCCCACCUUGGAUCGCCAUCAGCAUCAUCCACCCUGUCUCCACAAUAGGACAUCGAAAUGGCCGCUGUAAAUUCGGUUCAGAACGGGCUCCGGCUGCCCCUGGCUGGGCUAGCACCGCCCCGGGUGCUGAUGUGCAGCGCCUCGAUGGGUGCCGAGGGUUCCGUCACCCUACAGCUGCGGGAAGCCGUCCAGGCGCCGGACGCCGGAUCAUCGCUGGAGCACGGUGGUCUCACAAUCGGCUAUCCGGAUCCGGAGAUGCUGGCCGAUAUGCUCGGUUCGUUUCAGAGUGCUUCGGCCGGGCUGGGCUCGGAACAGUCGUCGUCGGGAGUCGGCGGCAGUGCGAUGGCGUUUGAUCUCAUUCAGGACAGCAGCAGCAGUAACUGUAGCAACAGCCGGCAGUCCGGGCUGGACCCGACGACCGUCGAGCAGCACUGUCUGGCUAGUGCGCUGCUGGCCAAAGCUUCGGCGUCACCCACCGGAAGUAGUAGCAGUAGUAGUAGUAGUGGCGGAGGCGGUAGUAAUAAUAAUGGUGGCUUGACGCUUGGCGGGAUCAAAAGUGAGAUCGUUUCCAAAUCGGACAAACCGAAUGGCUGCAUUCCGUCUGCGGUCUCGUUAGUGACGGGAUCCAGCUCACCGAGCAGUAGCAACGGUAGCAGCAGUAGCAGCAUCAGUAGUAGCAGCUCCACCUCCAGCAGCAGUAGUAGUAAUUUUCCUAAAUCCACCUCAGCCGCCAUUGCAGCAAUGGCGGUUUCCAGUGCCAACAGCAGCAACAGUACAACCAACGGCGUCGGAGCUGGUGGUGGAGGAGGCCCCGUGGGUCACAGCACCCGAAGUGAUAGCACCAGCAGUUGCAGCAGCAGUAGUAGUAGCGGAAGCGGCAGCAGUGGUAGUGGGUCCUCCUCGACGGCCGCCGCCACCAUUACCAUCAACGGGUUACCGACGGUGGUGAAAAAACCGCGGCCCAAAACCGCGUCUCCAACGCGACACGGACCCCAGCAGUGCCAGGUUUGCAGCAAAGUGUUCGGGAAUGCUUCCGCCCUGGCCAAGCACAAGCUGACGCAUAGCGACGAACGGAAAUAUGUCUGUGGAAUGUGCUCGAAGGCGUUCAAACGGCAGGACCAUCUAAACGGCCACAUGCUGACGCAUCGGAACAAAAAGCCAUACGAGUGCAAAGCGGAAGGUUGCGGAAAAUCGUACUGUGAUGCCCGGUCGCUGCGGAGGCACACCGAGAACCAUCACAGCGUUGGCGGAGGAAUGGGAUUGUCCGGUUCGACGACGCCAUCGCCCAGCCCGGGACCUGUGUUGACUGUUACGACGACGGCCUCGCCGACGUCUUCCUCUUCCGGGGCGCUGACGGCCAUUUCGUCCAGUUGCAGCAACGGUGGCAGCACUACGGGUCCACUCAGUGGACUCAGCCUGUCGCCGGCGACCGCAAGUGGUGACGCCAGCUCCCCGCACGGAGCCACCUGCAGCAUUCAGUUCACCUCCUCGAGCAGCAGUUCCACCACCACCUCGUCCAGCAGCUACAACGGCAUCAGCACCAGCACCAGCCUCCAAGCCGGCGGCAACAGUACAACAAGCUCUAGCAAUUCCACCGGCGCCCAAACGGGAAGCAUCUCGGUCACCUUCAAUGGGCUCGGGACCGGAAGUGGCAACAGCAGUGGCAGCGAAUCCGGCGGCAGCAGCAGUUCCAAGUCCCCCUCGCCAAGUUCACCCGCAGGAAACGGAAACGAAGGGCUGACGCGGCAGCAGCUGGAUCUGAUCACGCAAAUCAUGCAGCAAACGAAGCAAGCUAAUGCGGCAGCAGCGGCUGCAGCUGCUGCGGGUCAGAAGGUACCGCCCCGACCGCGCACUUGGAACAUGCAGCUUCAACUGAGUCAGACAAAGGUAACGAAUUCUGUUGUUGCUGGAUCGGCAUCCCCUUCCAACAGUAGUAAUGGCAGUUCGUCGAACAAUACGGCAACCGUAGCUCAGUCCGCAGAUGGUAGUGGAACUGCUUCCGGUUCUGCAGGUCAGUCGCCAAACUCCACUCAAUCCCUGACCAAAACGGACCAGAAACCGGUCGAGUGUAACCUGUGUCAUCGCAAAUUCAAAAACAUCCCGGCCCUCAAUGGGCAUAUGCGCCUCCACGGGGGCUACUUCAAGAAAGACUCCGAAACGAAGAAAUGUGAUAAGAAAGAACACACUGGACCGCCUCUGCAGACGGCCAGUGUUGGCGUACGGGCACUGAUCGAGGAAAAGAUCAUCAAUAAGCGCAGCAAGGAUUUGAAGAAUCUGUUGUUGAAGGGUUCGUUCGUGGUGCCGGCACCGCCUCUGACCGCUCGACGACUUCUGGAAGCGAGCGAAGCACUCCUCUCUCCAAAACCCGGCACGGUUGCCAUCGUGUCAACGCAGAAUGGGACAACGCAGAUCAUCAACCCGAAGGCGACCAUCAUGACAACUGGCGGUUCAACUGCCGUCAACUGUACUACCACCGAAGUGAAGGAUGCCACACUCAUAGAACUGCUUAAACGUGGCACCAAGGUGGCUGUGAAACGUACCUGUUCCGAAUCUGGUCAAUUAGCAAUCACAACGCAGACUACGCCGUCUCAACAACAACUGACCACGGCAACUCGGACCGUAGUUCUACCGGCAAACCUGAACAGCGCUCCGUCCACUACAGGCGUUACGCCAUCCCUAGCGCUGUCCAUUGCUGGUUCAACGACGGCCGAUCACUCACCGAUCGUCGGAACAGCUUCCGGAGCUGGCUCCGACACUUCUCCUCUCUCACUCACAAUAUCACAAGCGCCUUCCGGCAGUGCAGACGUGUUCACUCUAGCCUACUCUACCGAUGCCACCGGUGCCGCUGCCUUCUUUAGUGAUAAUGACGUGUAUAGUGUUAGCGAUACGACCAUGCUAUUGCAGGCCGUCGACUCUAUUCAACUGCUCCAGGAUUCUUCCUCCACCGAGCAGCUGGAAGAAAUAGCUUCCCUCUCCGAUUACACCACCAUCAACGAGCAGAGCUUCACACCUUCGAGGCAACUCCAGGCCGUUCUGGACUCACCAUUACCGGAAAGUCUAGCCGAAUUCAGCGCUCUCCAUUCCAAAGACUUUGUUCUCUACGGUGGAAAUACCUCUACCGCGGCCGUGAUCAACUGUGACCAACCCAACAGUCAGGCUUCCAACUCACCUCUUCCAUCUCCACUCGCCUAUCCAACGCCUCCUGCUUCACACGAACCUGUUGCCCAAGCAUCUCCCUUCCUAGACGACUCCCGCCACUUCUCCGAUGCCAGCUCUUUCUUCGAUGACAAAAGAACCACUUCUUCAACGAACUUUCUCGAUGAUGGCUUCUUCAAGUCGGAUGGUAAAGACGUCAAACUUAGCGAUGAGAAAAUCCUCGCCCUCAAAAACGAACUGCUGGACGAAAACCACGAUCUCUUCCGCAGCAACAAGAACAUUCUGGACGAUCACUGUCACGAACUGUUCAAAAGCGAAGACAGUUUCUUUGUCGAAGAGUCCACAACUGUCAAGCAGUCUGACUCGUCUUCGCCAUCUGCAGCAACCACAGAAGAAGUUGAUUCCGCCUCUAAAAUCAAUCUGGACUUCCUGGAUGAGGCGCAGGCUUUCAUCAACGAGAGCAGAAAUGCUUCCUCUCCCCUCUCGAAUGCAUUUUUCUCCGGUACGAUGUCCAGCGCCGAAGAGGUCAAGGAAGCUCUGGAGGAAGUCCUCCCAACCGAUGAAGAUGUGGUCAUCGCCGAAGCAGACAUCGAUCUCUACUACCUUAACGGACUGUCAUCGCUACAGUCCCAGAUGAUGCCCAACUCGGACGAUCCCUUGCUGUCUUCCUCCCCGAAGGACUUCGCCCAUCGCCAGCACCAGAAGUUCCUUUUCGAGCAACAGCAGCUGAACCAAUCAACGCAGCAACAGCAUUCAUCAAGCAGCACCUUCUCACCACCGAGUGCCAAAAAGCUGAAAACCGAAGCGGACGCCUUCCAGUCGACUCCGCCCACCACAACAGCUAGUGAUACAAACAAAAUUCCACUAACCGUACAAACCGAGCAGAUUCCAAAAGACAGCCAACAGCCCGGUGAUUCCGUAUUUCUCAGCCCCAGCAGCAUCUCGUCAACGAGCAGCACUGGCAGCACCAGCAGCUCUCCAAAGCUUCAGCACGCUCUGCUACGGAAGCGAUCGCCCUCGAUACUGCCGACCGUUCCCAUCCGCAAGGCACCCAUCUACCACUCCAAGCUACGAAAGUCCACCACCUCUGCAUUUCCCGUUACGCACUACACUCCGCAACCGAUGCUGAACCCGGUGCGCACCGCUUCAGGCCUUUACUCUACGAUAGCAUCCACCUUGGCCAACCAAUCAGGUUCAUCAUCCGACUCAACCGUUGAUGACACCUCGGACAUUUUCAGCGAACCGCCUCUCCCGAUCCGGCCACGUAUCAACCUCGGCAACGACUACCAAGCUAACAUUCCGGAGUGUUCCCACCCUAGCUACCACCAUCUCAACCAACAUCCGGACAUUCAGUACUGGGACCCGCUCGUAUCCCAAAACGAGCAGCAAAUCACUCGCUUCGUUGAGCUGGCUCGAUCAUCGGCCGUCCCGCUGGGAUGUCACUCGGAAGAGAACGCUCUCAAAUCGCUGCUAGAAGCUCAAGGUGAGGUUCACAUAGCCGUGCUGAACCUCCUGCAAACCCCACCUGCCGGAAUCCAUCGACGGUGGACCCCCGGCGAAAUGGAGCAGUUCAUCCGAGGGCUCGAACUCUACGGAAAGGACUUCUGUCGGAUAGCCAGCGAGUUGCUGCCCGGCAAGGCAACCGCCGAUUGCGUCCAGCUGUACUAUUUCUGGAAGAAGCUCUGCGUUGACUACAAAACCACCCACCUACUGCAGCACGGCGAUAACUCGAUGAAGUUCAUCAACGUGAACGCCUACCCGGCGGACGACCUGCUGCUGGACCACAUCGGCUACACUAGCAACUCGGUCAAACCCAGUAGUCACGGUCAGCAGUCCUCUCACUUGUCGACCGGUAGCGACGUGCGGCCGCACGUCUGCGAAGUUCCCGACUGUUCAGCGAGCUUCUCGUCGAAGGCCGCCCUGCACGGUCACAUCCGAAUACACUGCAUUGGGCGAUCUGCGGCGCACCUGAACGGCGCCUUGCAAAAUGGGUAUUUAAUAAGGUAAAAAGCCGCAGCGCCCACAUGAAGUCGCACAGACCGCAGGACGCAAGUGACCAGUUGCAACACCAACUGCAACUUCACCAACAACAGUUGCAACAACAACAACAACAGCAGCACCAACAACAACAAACGUGCUCUACGUAAACAAAAGCCCAGUUGACAGCUGUCACCGUCGCUGCCUGACGUGGCGGCCGUGGAACUGUUCCAACGAAAUCCAAGCGAUAAAAAGACAUUUUUCAGAGACAAUCUUCAAUCAGUAUAUGUUUACAAGUGAAACACACUCACAAACCGAAAGCCACCUCGAAAUUAGUAAUCGUAAAACAAAACAAAACAAAAAACAAACACAAACCUGAGCAAAUCACUGAAACGGAGGUUGUUAAAACAUAAACAAAUGCAAAUAAAUUCGUCAAAGAUCCCACAGAACAAAAAAAAAGUAGAACAUUAACUGAAACUGAUUACAUUCAUACACGGCUACUAUGUUGCCCAGUGCAAAUUGUCAAAUUAUCAUCAGCAUAAAAUUAUAUAUAUACAAAACUUCAUGAACAUGAUGAAGCAUGUUCGAUCACACGCAUACAUUGAAGUACGAACUUCCAGUUUAAAAUUAUACAUUAAAGUAUCUAUUUGACAGUGUAAAAGCUCUCCAUAUAGGACAUACGUUUAGACUUAAGAAGAGAAAACUGUUUUUGUAAACUUUUUGUUGUUGAUCUUUCUACACUUUAACAGAGAAAAAAAAAACAAAAUGAAUCUAGAACAUAAUCCAACGAGUAAAUAUGAGAAUUGUUAUUACCGGAACACAAAAAAAAUAAGGGAAAAAGUAUCUCGUAAUCUUUUAAACGGAACUAUUUCUUAGCCAACGUAAGAGGGUGCAAAAAUCAAAAACUGAAACAACAGAAAAAACCGUGGGCGUGGCUUUUUUCGUAGUGUAAACAAGAGUCAUUUUUAAAAAUCAGAAUUGGUCCGAAGCAAGAGCCCCCACCCUCCUUCCCUGUAAUCGAACUGUUUCUCUUUUUCACGCACACUCACACGCGCAAACAUAAAAUCACUCACUCACUUUUUGACAGUAGAUCGUUACUAUCGCAACUUUUACCAACCGAAACCAUAAGAGAAGAAAACGGAAAAGCAACUCUAGAUGACUUUAAAUCUUUCCAGUAUUAUAUAGAGAAAAUUGUCAAACAAACAACUGUCAGACAGAAACCGUUUCUUCGGAGUAGGCAAUCGUUCCUUCCUUUGACACUUUCUCACUCUUUCUCAACAAAGCAAACCCACUCUCAAAGUAGAAUAGUUGAAAGCAAGUUUAAUAACCCACACUCUCUCUCUCAAAUUAAAUGAGUAUAAAGCGAGGAGAGACAGUAAGAAACAUGGUUGUACCUAGAAACUAAGUGUUGAUCGAUGUCCUAAUUCUAAUAAACAAUAUUAUUACCGUAAGAAGUACCCACUCCAUGCACAGAGAUAGCGACAAUGAGGAGGAAAAUCUUGAAAGAGCAAAAGAGGCUUAACUAUGCCGGUGUAAAUCGAUAUUUAUUAUAUAUUUAUUAAAACACUAUAAGUAACACGAGAAACAGCGCUCAGUUAUUUUAAGUAAUCGUAACGCGCUCGUCACCCAAACCUCUUUUCUUCAACUCUAAAUGACGCGUCUAUAGUUUAGUGUCACCAAAAAUGAAGGAUGAAAAAGCGAACAAAAUCGGCUCAAAAUGGCGCCGAAACGUCAAAACCGGAAAACGAUGCUCAAACGAUGGCAAUAACUCGCACACUCAGCUCGCGGUCAGUUAGCCACAAAUAUCUGUUGAAGAAUGUACUUAACCUUAAAUGCUCUAAUGUUACUUUUUUCUCUAUCGAAUUAUCUCUCUCGAAUCUACCAAACGGACAAACGAAGCGCCAAAAAAAACGAAUCGAAACACCGAUUAUCAGAGUGUAUGUGUGUGCGUGUAAUCGCACUAGCUUUUCUAUUGAUUGUGAUAUUAGUUUUUGUGGAAACGAAGAGUGAAAUAGGAACGAUAAAUUGGAUAAAAGCGAAA